GUAACGUGCCAUAAUUUCCUCACCGGUGUGUGUGCGCGCGCGAGAGAGCUCAACGUUGUGUGUGUGAGAGAGUGUGUGUAUGUGUGUAUGUGUACCCCCGGAAAUCAGAUGUCAUUACCCGACGCGGCUAAUUUGGCGAUUAUUCCUGCUCUUUUGCUUGUGGACAAUGCGCGCAAAGGGGACCAGCCGCACCUUCCUUAUCGGAUCCUCCUCGGCGCUUCUUUGCCCUGAAGAAGCCUCCUAGUAUCGCCCGCUUGAUGGUUGCCAUAGCUCGAGACUGCAGUUGUCAUUGAUCCGCUGCCAGCCAGUCAUAGUAAAGGAAUAAAUUUGCCAAGAUGAUGUGCGAGGUGAUGCCCACCAUCAGCGAGGACACGGCGCUGAGUCAGCGCGGCUCUCAGAGCAGCGCCUCAGACCCGGAUUCCCACUUUGAGCAGCUGAUGGUCAACAUGCUGGACGAGAGGGACCGGCUCCUGGACACGCUCAGGGAGACCCAGGAGAGCCUCGGACUCUCCCAGCAGCACCUUCAGGACGUCAUCUACGACCGAGACUCGCUGCAGCGCCAGCUCACCUCCGCCCUGCCACAGGAGUUCGCUGCGCUGACCAAAGAGCUGAACGCCUGCAGGGAGAACCUGCUGGAGAAGGAGGAGGAGAUCUCCGAGCUCAAAGCCGAGAGGAACAACACCAGGCUGCUGCUUGAACAUCUGGAGUGUUUGGUGUCCCGACACGAGCGCUCUCUUCGUAUGACGGUGGUCAAGCGGCAGGCUCAGUCUCCCUCUGGGGUCUCCAGCGAAGUCGAGGUCCUAAAAGCACUGAAGUCCUUGUUUGAACACCACAAAGCCCUCGAUGAGAAGGUUAGAGAGCGACUACGAGUGUCACUGGAGAGGGUUUCCGCCUUGGAGGAGGAGCUUACUGCAGCCAAUCAGGAGAUCGUGGCCUUACGGGAACAAAAUGCUCACAUCCAGAGGAAAGUGGCGUCGGGAGAUGGAGGCGAGGACAUACUGGAGGGAACUGAGGCUCAACAGAAGGUCCACAGCAAGCGCCUGUCGAACGGCUCUCUGGAGUCGGCCCACGAGGCGAGCCAGGUGGUGGAGCUGCAGGACCUGCUGGAGAAGCAGAACUACGAGCUGGCCCAGAUGAAGGAGCGCAUGUCGUCGCUCUCGUCCCGCGUCUCCGAGGUGGAGCUGGAGCUGGAGACCGCCCGCAAGGACCUCAUCAAGUCCGAGGAGAUGAACAACAAGUACCAGAGGGACAUCAAAGAGGCCAUGUGUCAGAAGGAGGACAUGGAGGAGCGGAUCGUGACGUUGGAGAAACGCUACCUGAGCGCACAGCGAGAGUCCACGUCGGUGCACGACAUCAACGACAAGCUGGAGAAUGAGCUGGCCAAUAAGGAGGCUUUCCUCAGGCAGAUGGAGGAGAAGAACAGGCAGCUACAAGAGAGGCUGGAGCUGGCGGAGCAGAAGCUGCAGCAGACCAUGAGGAAGGCGGAGACGCUGCCCGAGGUGGAGGCUGAACUCGCUCAGAGGAUAGCCGCUCUCACAAAGUCCGACUCCAGCUCCUCUUCCUCCCUCGAUGAUUAUCACUUUGUCAUGGAAGCUAAACUCCAAGACAUGAGCUCCAUUCUUAGGAAGGCGGAGGAGCGUCACGGGAGCAUCGAGGAGCGAAUGAGGCACUUGGAGUGCCAGCUGGAGGAGAAGAACCAGGAGCUGCUGCGGGCCCGACAGAGAGAAAAGAUGAAUGAAGAGCACAACAAGAGACUCUCGGACACAGUGGACAGACUCCUCACAGAGUCCAACGAGAGACUUCAGCUCCACCUGAAGGAGAGGAUGGCAGCUCUAGAAGAGAAGAAUUUAUUAAUCCAAGACUCUGAAGGUUACAGGAAACAGUACGAGGAUUCGAUUCAUGAAAAGUCGCAUCUGGCAGAGGAGAUUGACAAACUGAGAUCAGAGCUCGACCAGUUCAGGUUGAGGGCAGGCUCCCUCACAGACCCCACCCUGUCACGGUCUCAUCUGGACACGUCAGCCGAGCUUCGAUUCUCAUUGGGAUCUCUGGCUGAAACCCAGUCCGACCACUACCGCUCAGCCAAGGUCAUCCGCCGGCCGAGGAGAGGUCGGGUGGGUCUGCGAGAACCCAAGGCUAAAUCUUUAGGGGAGCAUGAAUGGCGUUCGCAGCAGAUCGGCGUUCUGGGAGGUCACCACUUCGAGAGCGACACAGAGAUGUCGGACAUCGACGAUGACGACAGGGAAACGUUGUUCAGCUCCAUGGACAUGCUGUCGCCCGGCGGCCACUCUGACGCACAAACUCUGGCCAUGAUGCUGCAGGAACAGCUGGACGCCAUCAACAAGGAGAUUCGGCUCAUCCAGGAGGAGAAGGAGUCGACGGAGCUGCGGGCGGAGGAGAUCGAAAACCGCGUAGCCAGCGUCAGCCUCGAGGGACUCAACCUGGCGCGAAUGCACCACCACGGCGCCUCCAUUACUGCCUCAGCCACCGCCUCCUCCCUGGCCUCUUCGUCCCCACCCAGCGGACACUCCACCCCCAAACUCGAUCCUCGCAGCCCGGCGCGAGAUAUGGAACGCAUGGGGGUCAUGACACUGCCUAGCGAUCUGAGGAAACACCGGAGAAAGAUAGCGGCGGUGGAUGAGGACGGGCGCGAGGACAAGGCCACCAUCAAGUGUGAGACGUCUCCCCCGCCGACGCCGCGCACCGUCCGAAUGACACACACACUGCCAGCCUCAUCGCACAACGACGCACGAGGGAUUGUAGCCUCUCUGGAGGCUGAUGCCAGCGCACUGAGCAGCGUAGCCAGCAGCUCGGACUCCCUCCACAAACAGCCGAAGAAGAAGGGCAUCAAAUCCUCCAUCGGACGGCUAUUUGGAAAGAAAGAGAAAGGCAGAAUGGCACACCUAGCACACAGACACGUCAUGGUAGAUCCACAAGCGACCAUGAUGGACCAGGACAUGGCGGGCCAGGACAUGGGGGUGGGCAAGCUGGGAACUCAGGCUGAGAAGGACCGCAGGUUGAAAAAGAAACACGAGCUGUUGGAAGAGGCCAGGAGAAAGGGUUUACCUUUCGCCCAAUGGGACGGUCCCACUGUUGUAGCGUGGCUGGAGCUGUGGUUGGGAAUGCCGGCGUGGUACGUGGCGGCGUGUCGUGCCAACGUAAAGAGCGGAGCCAUAAUGUCGGCGCUCUCCGACACUGAGAUCCAGAGGGAGAUCGGUAUCAGUAACCCUCUGCACCGGCUCAAACUCCGCCUGGCCAUCCAGGAAAUGGUCUCCCUCACCAGCCCAUCGGCCCCGCCCACGUCCAGAACCCCGUCAGGCAAUGUGUGGGUGACCCAUGAGGAGAUGGAGACCAUGGCAGCCCCUUCCAAAACGAAGUCACAGUCUGAAGAGGGGAGCUGGGCACAGACUCUAGCUUAUGGAGAUAUGAACCAUGAGUGGAUAGGGAACGAGUGGCUGCCCAGUCUAGGACUACCUCAGUACCGCAGCUACUUCAUGGAGUGCCUGGUGGACGCACGCAUGCUGGACCACCUCACCAAGAAGGACCUGAGGGUACACCUCAAGAUGGUGGACAGCUUCCACAGAACAAGUUUACAGUAUGGAAUCAUGGGUCUGAAGAAGCUCAACUAUGACAGGAAAGAACUGGAGAGACGCAGGGAGCACAGCCAGCACGAGAUGAGAGGCAAGAGCACCGAUAAUAAUGAGCAUGAAAGCCAACCAAAACAAGAUGCUCCAAUAGAUUUUAAAAACAACUCUCCUCGUGUUUCUGCAGACGUGCUGGUGUGGAGUAACGAGCGGGUCAUCCGCUGGGUGCAGAGCAUAGGCCUGAGGGACUACGCUAACAUCCUGCUGGAGAGCGGUGUGCACGGCGCGCUGGUCGCCUUGGACGACAACUUCGACUACAGCAGUCUGGCUCUGCUCCUCCAGAUCCCCAACCAAAGCACUCAGGCACGUCAGAUUCUGGAGCGGGAGUACAAUAAUCUGCUGGCUCUGGGCACCGACAGGAGACUAGAUGAGUGUGACGACAAAGACUUCAGAGGUCCAUCGUGGAGGAGGCAGUUCCCUCCCCGAGACGUUCACGGUAUCAGUAUGAUGCCCGGCUCAGCGGAGACGCUCCCUGCUGGAUUCCGUCUCACCACAACAUCCGGUCACUCCCGAAGACUGCCCCCUGAUGUCCUCUAUGAGGCGCUGGAUGACAGUCCUGACGACAUGUAUUUGGAUUGGUUUCAAGUCGGACCCUCUGCAGUGCAGCGGCUGGACAGCUCCACGGUGAGAACCUAUUCCUGCUGAGAGGAGGAGGAGAGGCCCCUUAAACUGUACGCUGUACAGUUUUGAAUGGAGAUAAACGGGUGAGCUGCUGGAUGGGCCAACCUGCCGAGGAACAAACACGCACUGCCAAGAAGCCCUGCUCUCCCGCUCCCCCCCCCCCCCCCCCUCCCCCUUUGACCCCCUCAUCAUGUGGGCACCAGGUGCCGGUGCUAAACUGUCCUGCAGGCCUCCCUGUUGUCACCAUUUAUACCUUUUACAUGUACAGUAACUCAUUGGGGGAAAAAAGCAUAACGUACUGUGUUAUUUCUUCUACAGGAGAUGUGUAGGUUAUCUGUAUAUAAAUAUGCCAUUUUUUAAUAUAUACACACAUCUAUGUAUAAAAAGAUAUUCAGAGUUUGUGCAAAAAAAAUGUCCCUGCCACCUCAUUUAGUGGACCAUAGAUUAAUAUAUGCUGCUCUUUAAACUGUCUCCAUAUUACCCUGCUGCCCCCCCUCCCAA